AAGAAUUCUUACCAGAAUUUUACUGGUUUUAUUCCAUCGUCAAUUGUACCAAUCCACACUUGUGUAAUUGAGACUAAAGUCACUCUAAACAUCGAAAAGCAGAUAUAAAGUCUCACAAAGCUGAACAUAAACAAAAUACUUUUAAAGUCGUUUUUUGUAAAGCUUCGUAGAAACUCGUCCUUACCUUUACGAUAUGCCAUGUUGGAAACGCAACCAACCAAAGCUCUGCAACAACCGCGACGCGAGUGUCCGCUUUUCAUCGUGUCAGUGAUUAGCGGAGUUUUGACCACGCAAGGUGGUGGCGAUUUGGUUAGUGGAGUUUACUCUGGAAUUUUUUGUACUUCAUUUUUUGUGUUCUCCUUUGCAGCAGCGGUUCAGCAGAGAUAGAAGAGUGAGUGUGUGGAAUUUGAACCGUGUCAAGUGUGGUGGUAUCUUUCAGUUAACUUUAGUUUUGCGAAAAAAAUAAUAAUAAAAUCCGGUGAUUGAUACGGGACAGUUUCGGGUUACCCCUUCAAUUUCAAGUUUGCAUUGAUUAGAAUAUUGAUGUCAGUAAAAAGAGCGGAGGCUAUUUGUUAUCAGUGUGCGUUUUCAAUUGCUCACUUGGUGUUCAUAUUGAAAAAUAAGUAAAUUAAAUUAGGAAAAGCUGUCGUGAUCGGUAACAGAAAAAAUAAGACAAUAAUUGUGGAUAAAAACAACUGUGGGCAGAUUCCGCUAGUCAGACCACAUUACUGUGCUACAAUUAACCUAGACGGGAGCAAAGGAAUUUCGCCAACGGUUACAUAAAAGAACGCACUUUUACUCUUUGGAAGCAUUCCCGGCUGGUAAAAUGAAGCACGCAGUGCAGAACGGCCAGCCAGAUAUAUAAAGAGAAAAGUAAAUUCUGUCGUCGUGGUCGCGGAAAUCCCUUCAGUGUGUGUGCGCGCAAGCAAAGCAAGAGCCUGGUGCUGUUGCUGCGAGGUCAUCAUCAUCAUCGCCGUCCGCACGAACGAAACUCGGUCUUUUUUUGCGCUAGAGCAAAAGGAAGAAACGAAAAUAAUUAAAACGUCAUCCAUUUUGACGUUUCGCUCGAAGGGAGUAAACGGAUUCGAUUGUGUUUAUUGCACAAAAAGAAACAUCUUCAAGUUAGGUAUUGGGAUUUGAAAAUUUUUCCACAUUUUUUGCAGUUUAAUAAGUGAUAUUUGUGAGUGAAACCGAAGAAAUAAGGAAUUUGAAAAAUUGACGGUGUAAGAUUAGUGCUCAACAUUGUGUCUUUAAUUCUGAUAACGGAAUAAGAAAUUCAAAAUCUGAUUGUGACAAACAGUCGAGUUGGUUUUUUCGCGUUGAUUACACAAGGAUUUUAUCUAAUUGGAAACACAAACACAUUGCUGCUGCAGAAGAAAGGUUGAUUCUAACUUAAGAGUUGUCAAAUCAGUGGUUAUGUAGGCCACGAUGAUCGUCUGCGACGACUAGAGAAACCUCCUCGUUCGGUAGCAGAACCUACACCUACCAGCAGCAAAAGAAGCAUCAACGAACGGGCUGGGAAGGUUCGAGGACUGACUUACGACGCACGACGAUUCGGUCGGCAUUCGGUGCACAUUUCUCCAGACACUAGCUAGAACCUGCACUACAGGCGAACCAAGUGCAGCCAGGCAGACAGGCGUAGUUUAAUCGUAAAUUUAGAAUAGUCAACAACAACACACAUUAUCACGACGACGCAAUGUCACAUCACAGCGACGAUCAUCUACUACAGGCGGGCAGCGAUUCGUUCUGGGAACCGGGCAACUAUAAACGAACCACCAAACGGAUAGAGGAUGGCUACAGAUUGUGCACAGAACUGCAAACGCUGAUACAAGAGCGAGCGGAAAUCGAGAAAGGAUAUGCCAAAAACUUGAAAGCUUGGUCGAAAAAAUGGGGCGAACUGAUUGAAAAGGGUCCUGAAUACGGCACAACCGAAGCAGCAUGGAAGGGCAUCCUAACGGAAGCGGAUCGGGUUUCCGAUGUACACUUGAAAGUGAAGGAAAACCUCUGCACCGAUGUGAUGCAUCAGAUCAAAGCAUGGCAGAAGGAUAAUUAUCACAAGACGAUGAUUCAAAUCAAAGAACGAAAAGAAAUGGAAGACCAAUUCAAGAAGGCACAGAAACCCUGGGCAAAGCACCUGGCAAAGGUGGAAAAGUGUAAGGCCGACUAUCAUACCGCUUGCAAAACGGAACGAUCGGCAGCAAACCAGGAACGCAAUGCGUCCAACGAUACAUCGUUAUCCAACGAUCAGAUGAAAAAGAUGCAGGACCGCACCUCGCGCACGAAGGAGGAAGUGAACAAAUGUCGGGAACGGUACGAAGCGUCCCUGCAGGAGAUCAAUAAAUACAAUGCAAUCUACAUCGAGGACAUGACCUCGGUGUUCGCUAAGUGCCAAGAAAUGGAGGAAACCAGAUUACGCUUCUUCAAGAACGUUCUGUUCUCGAUACACAAGUGUUUGAAUAUUUCCGAAGACCCCAGCCUGCCGCAGAUCUACAAGGAAUUCCAUCACACCAUCAACAACGCCGACCACCAGAAGGACUUGAAGUGGUGGUCCAACAACCACGGCGUCAAUAUGGGUAUGAGUUGGCCUACGUUUGUGGAGUACACCGAAGAAUUCCGCGACAUCGCGAAGGGCAUCAAGUCGAAAGAAGCCUUACCCGCUGCGCCGAUCACGCUCAUACAUCAGCGACCAGUUGCCGAAGAUUUGCAUGAAUACCCGCCCUCAAGCAACAACAAGAACAGCAUAAACCGAAACUCCGCAUCGCUCAGUAUUAACAACUCCAAUGCAAACAACAGCAGCUCGCAGCGAGCCACGACACCGAGUCAGGAAUCGCCAAAGUCGGAAAAUGCUUCACUUAAGAACAGCGACGCCGUGACAACACCGACCCGGAACUCGCCCGGUCGUGUAGCAGUGGUUGUGACCAGCAAUGGAACGAAUGGCAACGGAAAGGCAGCUGACGCACACAAUCCUUUUGACGAAGAAGAAGAAUGGGACGAGGGCGAUGGAAACGAUAACAUUCUGGUUGAUAACGGCGAACCAGGUGUACCGGUGAAAGCUUUGUACGAUUACGAGGGUGCGGAGAGCGAUGAACUAACGUUUAAAAUGGGCGACGUCUUCGAGAAGCUGGAAGACGAAGACGAGCAAGGCUGGUGUAAGGGACGAAAGGACGGACGCGUUGGGCUGUAUCCGGCGAAUUACGUCGAAGUGGUAGCAACGUAAGUGGAAGCAACUGUAUACAACCACCCAACGUCAGUGCAGCAGUGGGGUAAUGAUGAGACAUCGCGUCGUUCAAGAGCGGGUUUGUAAGAUACAUAGAUGGCGACCAGUCGGUGCCAACACGGCAGCGAUUAAAGCACCAGCAAACAGGACUCGGUAGUCGUUGUUCACAGCUUCUUUUACACACUUACAACAACACACCCACACACCCUUUACCAUACUUUGUAUUAAACUAAACUAAACGAAACCAGUCCUAGCGGGUCGUUGAGUCAUUUCUUUUCGAGAGAGAAAUAAAUUUAGCAGUUUUAUCUUUUCAGUAAGCGUACAUAGUUUUUAAAUUUUGCCUUUCGAGCAUACCGGCGGUGAAUUUCGGGUUGAAAAAACCUUUGUUGAUGGUAGUACAUACAGAAAAAGGGAAGAACAUCUUCGGUUAAGUUUCUUCAGGAGUCUAGCUCUGAAUGAUUGGUGGUUGCCCUUAUAUGGGCGGCAAUGUAUGAUAAUUGUUUAGGUUUUUACCAAAUCAGUUUUAAAGUUGAUUCGUGUGUUUUGAACUGUCGGAUUACGAUCGAGUUGGUCACCAACCGAUUUCAAAUAGCCAUCGUGCUCAACGAUACACAUACACACACAUAAACAUACCUUGAGAUAAACUAGAUAAAUAUUGACUGAACAAUAUUUGUGCGAAUACGGGACAGCAUGGUCUCAGGUGAAAUGCGAGGGAUGAACAUAGUCACGUUUGUUAAAAAAAGUAGAUUUAAAUGAAAUUAAUGAUAAACAAAAUGAUAGAAUCAAAAACAAAAUGUUUGAGCUAAGCUGCAUUUACUCAUAUGGAACAGUUUCCGAAAUUGAAACUCUGUUUAUGCUCUGAGGUCUAAAAUCUGGUUUCUCUUGGGGAAGCGUGAGUCUUUUCGGAAGAGCUUCCAGAUUUUUCUGUUCCUCAGUAGGGUUUCUAGUGAAACAUUUUCGCAGAAAAAUGGUUCUGCUUUGCUGUUUUGUUAAACAUUACAAAGUUUAUGCACUACAAGCUGGAAAAAAUACACAAUGAUAAAUGUAAUCAAUGAAUUUGCGACGAACGACAGCCAAGAAUCGAUUUCUGAAAAACUUUUGAAUCGAAGCCACACAAUGAAUAUUUGCCAAAAAAAAGUGGGACUAAGCCAUUGUUAUGAAGAAAAACUAUACUAUCUUUACAAAACCAACCGCAACCGAGACCACCAUCGAAACGAUGUUGUUUACUAGAACCACAGUGGUAGUGUGUAGACGUACUGUAGACUUUAGCACCAACUUUUCUCUCCAGUCAAUAGGAUACUGCUGUUUGUUAUUUUGUCCAUGGUUCGAAAGAAUGACCAGACAUUCUGCUAGAGCAUCAUUCGUUUUGUUCGGAUGAAAGUGGAUUCAUCAAAAUAAUUCAACAUCUGCAUCUUAAUAUUGUUAGUUCCAUUUGUUUUGGUUACACAAUGGGUGAAGCCUUGGGCUUAUUUUACUAUCAAACGUACUAUUUGAAAAAAGUCGCUCUGUCUUCUUUAUUUAAUGUUUUGGAUUUCAAGCAGACGGUUUACUUUUCGUUUUUGUUCUCGAUGAACGAUGAGCAGGACUUUGACCAUUUUAUGGAUUUUAUACAAGAACAAGUUACGUGUGAUGAACGCGGUUGUUAUUCAGAAGGAAAUGUUACUAAUUUUCAAGCUCAACUUGUGAAAGAAAUGCAAGUAAUGGAAUUUUGUUAUGUGAAUUAGAGAAAGAAGGUAAAAUUGGUCGGUCAUCCUCGAAAAAGAGUUGUGUAUUAUAAUACGUUUGAAUAUAUAUUAUAUAAGAAGAAAAUGCAAACAUAAUACGUUUAGGUAGCAGCCAGCAGAAUAAGUUAUUUAUAUAUAAUUA